AUGGUCGAAGAGAGAUCUCGAAAACGUAUAAAGUGCCUCGUCUUCUCACCGAUUUUCUUCACUCGAACCAAUCUGCAGCAUUCGUUCAAGUACUCUCUCAGCAACAUGCAGUUCAAGAUCUCUGCUCUCGCCACCAUCGCCCUUGCCACCCUUGCGGUCGCCACACCCGUGAAGCGCCAAGUCCAGUGCAACACGGGACCCAUUCAAUGCUGCCAAAGCGUUCAGACCGCCGGUAGCAGCCCUCUUGCCGGUCUCCUCGGCCUCUUGGGCGUUGUUGUUGGGCCAAUUGAUGCCCUCGUUGGUCUUACCUGCAACCCCAUCUCUGUCAUCGGUAUUGGGGGCAAUUCUUGCACUGCCCAGCCCGUCUGCUGUACCAACAACAGUUUCAACGGACUCAUCGCCCUUGGCUGCACUCCGAUCAACCUCAACCUCUAA